CACCGAUAUUGCCUUGCAGCUGUAACUAGUGAGAAAGUAUCGUUCGCCUUUGCGUCGCCGACUCCGAUUUCCCGAUCUAGUCCCCGAAUUUAGUCCCCGGGUCCAAUCUCCGGCGCUAAUCGGUCGCUGGUACUCAAAUUCUCAGUGGAAUAUAAUUACGCCUGUAUAUUCGACUAGCUUGUGGCAAGUAUUCCUCUUGAUUUCUUCUAUAAAUCUUCUUCCUGCGUCAACAGCUAUAGCCACCUGCUAUUUCCAUCCACAGGCUCUCCUUAAAGUCGCAGACCUACGGACAAAUAUGUGCAAAAAGACAGUCUGUAGAAGGCGAGCUGGUGGGGUUGUGGUAACCAUGUUGAGUCUAUUAUGGAUGCAAUUCCUGCUGACGAGCAAUGUAUAUGUGAACCUCAAAUUGAGCGUCAAGGCUCUAAGUACCCGCCAAAAGGCCCACAGCCACAGUGUGUUUGCAGCUAAAGCAAUAAGGGACUAUGAUUUCCUGUCCAAGAUAUCGCCACUUUGAAAGAAGAACAAACCGUGAUGACUAUGCUAUUGGAGCUCCCUAGAAUACACAAACCGUGGACAGCGUCGCCGAUUAGCGAUGCCCGACAUCGCCGAGUCCCACUUACCAGCACCGGCGACUACAAGACCAGCGGGGACUAAAUUACCUAGUUAGGACAGCGAGUCGGCGAGUCGGAGUCCACGAC